AUGGGCGUCCUCAAACUUGGAGAUUCAUCCCCCGCCGUCUUUACAACCAUACUUUCCUUUGCCAAAACCCACUGGCCCACCAUCCUCGUGACGUUCAUCGUCCUUCGAGGUCUUGCCAAACGUUAUUUCUCCCCUCUCCGCAAGUAUCCUGGUCCAUUCUUAGCAUCAUGCACACGUCUAUGGAAAGUCUGGUCAACAGCGCGAGGGCGUACCCACCUUGACCACAUCGAACUUCAUCGAAAGUACGGCCCUGUAGUGCGCAUUGCUCCCAAUGAGGUCUCAAUCUCCAACCCCGAGGCAGCCCGGAUGCUGCUCAGCGCCGGCAAGCGCUUCUUCAAGACCAAGUUUUACGCCGUCUUCCCACCUCCCGAAAAUCCCGAUAUCUUUACCGAGAUUCGGGAGGAUGUGCAUGCGACGAAGAAGCGCGUGGCUAACGUGCCGUAUAGCAUGGCUGCCAUGCAGCAGCUCAGUCCGUUCAUUGAUGACACCAUCGAGUUGUUCAUGAGCAAGAUUGAGGAGUACAUCAAUCAUGCCCGGAGUCCGAACAAGAAGCCGUUCGAUUUGGGCGACUAUCUUCACUACUUUGCGUUUGAUGUGCUAGGAGAGGUGGCUUUCAGCCGCAACUUUGGUUUCUUGAAGGAGGGUCGGGACGUGGAGAAUGCCAUCAAGACCAUUGACAAGUCACAGACGUACAACGGCAUUGUUGGCCAGGUACCAGAGUUGGAUUACUUGCUUAGGAGGAAUCCGUUGUGGAAGUUUAUCCCUUGGCUGAGUACCAAGAACGCCCUGAUUACAAGGAUGGCUCUUGAAGAAAUGGGGAAGCGGCAGCCUUUCACCAAGGAUACGGCUGGACUGCUGAGGACGGGUGAUGGAAGGCAAGACCUCCUGGCCAGCUUGAUCCAAGGUCAUCUCAAGGACCCCGAGAAGUUUGGCGAGGGCGAUGUCUUUGCUGUCGCCCACGGCGCUAUCUUUGCCGGCUCCGACUCAACAGCCUCUACCAUGCAGUCUUUCUUCUGGCACAUCCUCUCCGACCGCCGAGUCUACCAGAACAUCGUCCGCGAGCUCGAGUAUGCUGUCGCCACCGGCGCCAUACCCUCCAAGGGCAACCUCAACUGGAACCAGGCCCAAGGCUUGCACUACCUGCAGGCGUGCCUGAAGGAGGCUAUGCGUGUGCGCCCGGCUGUGGGUCUUAACAUUACGAGGCUUGUCCCACCCGAGGGUGCGCAGCUGGAUGGUCACUUCUUCCCUGGCGGCACGUCGGUAGCUUGCAAUGGUUGGGUUUUGCACCGGGAUAAGGAUGUCUUUGGGCAGGAUGCCGAUAUCUACCGGCCGGAGAGAUGGCUUGAGGAUGAGGAGAAGGCGAAGAGGAUGGAGAGGUACAUGUUUCAGUUCGGCGGAGGGAGCCACUUGUGCAUUGGACGAAACCUGGCGCUUUUGGAGAUUAAUAAGGUCGUACCCAGGCUGUUGCGCGAUUACCGGUUUGAGCUGGCACGCCCUGGCCGGCCGCUCAAGGCAAAUGCGUCGUUCUUUGUGGUUCAGUCGGGUCUCGAGGUGUACAUUACGAAGCCAUAA